CACAAGUUGCUUUGAAGCAAUGACCCCUGUUUAACACAAGGAUCUGGACCAUGUACCAUUAUGGUUUUGUGCCUCAAGAGCAUUAUCCAAGCAUGAACCAGCCCUCCCCAUACACCUACCUGCCUCUUGGGCCUGGCAGAUUGGCUGAGUCUCCAAACACCACAAUGUUCCCUCCUAUCCAGAUGCACAACUUCUAUAGCCGGCCUGUCACCACCAUCAUGGACUGGAACAGCCACCAUGACUAUGCAGGAAACCAACUAGAGUAUCAUCAUUUCUACGGCAGCAAUCCAUACUUCCAUCCUCACCCCUUCUGGCACUUCUCUCAGGUGACCCCCAUGUCUCUGUACAACCCCUAUGCAAACUAUAAUCCGUAUGCAGCAUACCAGAGGCCAAGCCAGGGUCAGGACAUAUGGCCUCAGGGCUUCACCAUGAGAGGAGAGCUUCAUUGGGGGAAACUCGAGAGGGUCUUUGGACCUAGACGGGAACUUCCGGAGUUUGUGAAGGAGGAUCUCCGUAGGGUUUAUGGCACCUACCCAAGGACUGAUGUUUCCAUAACCUUCCAGAACAGGGAAUUCCUGGUGAAAGGAGACCCCAGAGUGGGAGAACAGGACUACACAGUCGAAAAGAGAGUCAUCCGAAGGGAUCCCACCCCAACGGCUAGCGAAGCGGACGACGACAGCGAGGAACGAAACCGGAAGAAGAAAAAGAAAUCUAGACGUUGAUGUAGCCAGCUCACCACAAGACUGGUGCUCCUUGUCGUCAUGGCCAAAGAGUUAGCAGCUGAAUUUUGGCACUUGGGAAGAAUACUGGGAACUAGCACGGGCAUACAACGCUGUCCACUCCCCUUGGCAAGUUUUGAACUACUGCCAAAAAUGUAAUUUAAUUCCUCUGCUUACUUUCCCCACGCUCCAUAAACACGCUGACAUAGCUUAUACUCCAGCUGACUGACACUUACUACACAUUCUCCCCCCCUCCCCCAUGUGCACCUCCAUAUCCGUUGGUCUCUCAGAUGUUGGCUUUGAAUGAGAUUGUAUAGGCUUCCAUUUGUGACUAUAUUUGGUCAGCCAAUCUGCUUGUGCCUUUUUAGAAGAAGAG